GGAACCUCCACAGCGCAAACCUAAAACAAAUGGCAUCUGCUGGACGUCUCAUAGGCCCACCAGACGCACGAAACAUCGCCGACUCCGCCACCGAAAUGGCCGCCAUAGCCUUCCAAAUCCACACAUGCAACCCACCGACCUGCGAUGAUGCCCACAAAACGCACGCUGGAAGACCGCCUAUGGGUCUGACGGAAAACCUCUCCCCGACGUUUUUGUCCACCGGAAACGCCUGCCUGGACUUCUUCUUCCAAGUGGUGCCCGAUACCCCUACGGAGGAUCUGAUCCGACGGCUCCAACUGGCGUGGGCCCACGAUGCACUGACCACCCUGAAACUUAUAUUCAAUCUGAGGGGUGUGAGAGGCACUGGAAAGUCUGAUAAACAAGGGUUCUACAACUCCGCCCUUUGGCUCCACAAAGCCCACCCCAAAACCCUCGCUCUCAACAUCAGGGCUCUCGCCGAUUUCGGGUACCUGAAGGACUUGCCCGAGAUUCUUUAUAGGCUCCUUGAAGGACCCGAGGUCCGCAAACUCGCAAAGCAAGCCUGGAAGGAAAGGAGGGGAAUGAAAAUGUUUUCCCGGAAGAGGAAUGCGAAUUCCUGGAAAUUUAAGAGAGGAAGUGAGGGAUACAGUGGGGUUGUUUCAGAGACAGAGGAGGAGGAGCAGGAGCAGGAGGAGGAGGAGGAGGAGGAGGGUAUAUUGGAGGAGAGCCGGAGCAGUGGGGUAGGUGAUAAGGAGAAGGCCAGGGUUUCCAAGGCUACUAAGGCUUUGUAUUGGUAUAACAACGAUUCGGAUUAUCGGUUUCUCUUCGAUUGUGUUUGCGAUGUGUUUGCGGAGCUUUUGAAAUUGGACUUGGCGUUUUUGGGUAGUGGGGAGGUUGGUAAAAUUAGUCUUGCUGGGAAAUGGUGCCCGACCAUCGAUUCGUCGUACGACAGGUCAUUGUUGAUCUGCGAAGGGAUUGCAAGGCGGGUUUUCCCGAUAGAGGGUGAGAAAGAGUAUGAGGAAAUCGAAGAGGCGCAUUAUGUGUACAGGGUUAGAGAUAGAUUGCGGAAACAAGUUCUUGGUCCAUUGCAUAAGGCAUUGCAGUUGCCGGAGGUCUACAUGAGCGCCAAUGAGUGGAAUGCCUUGCCGUAUAACAGGGUUGCUUCGGUGGCAAUGAAGACUUACAAGGGGCUGUUUACGAAGCACGAUAAGGAGAGGUUUGGGGAAUAUCUUGAGAAGGUGAAGAGUGGGAAGGCGAAGAUUGCUGCUGGGGCAUUGCUUCCCCACGAGAUUAUCCAGUCCCUGAAUGAUGGGGAUGGUGGGAAGGUGGCGGAGCUUCAGUGGGAAAGAAUGGUUGGUGAUGUUGCCAAGAAAGGGAAGCUUAAGAAUUGCAUUGCGGUUUGUGAUGUUUCUGGGAGUAUGAAUGGAAUUCCGAUGGAGGUGUGCGUGGCGCUGGGGCUUUUAGUUUCGGAGCUCAGUGAAGAGCCGUGGAAGGGGAAAGUGAUCACGUUUAGUGCAAAUCCUCAGCUUCACUUGAUUAAAGGAGAUACUCUUCUUGCCAAGACUGAAUUCAUAAGAAUGAUGGAGUGGGGUGGUAACACAGACUUUCAGAAAGUUUUUGAUCAAAUCUUGAAUGUUGCAGUUGAGGGCAAGUUGACAGAAGACCAACUGAUCAAGAGGGUAUUUGUUUUCAGUGAUAUGGAAUUUGAUCAGGCGUCUCAUUGUUAUGAUUAUGGGCAUGGUAGGGAGAAUUCAUGGAAAACAGAUUAUGAAGUGAUACAGAGAAAGUUCCAGGAGAAAGGAUACAACAGGGUGCCGGAAAUUGUGUUUUGGAACCUUAGGCACUCCCCGUCGACUCCAGUGCCUGCGAGUCAGAGUGGGGUGGCGCUUGUGAGUGGGUUUUCCAAGAAUUUGUUGACUUUGUUCUUGGAGGAAGGUGGGAUCGUAAAUCCUGAGGCUGUGAUGAGAUUAGCAAUCUCUGGUGAAGAGUACAAGAAACUUGUUGUGUAUGAUUGAUCUGUCGCCGGUGUCAGGAACCUGUGGUUGUGAAUGUUUAUAUUUUCUCCUUUUGAAUUCUAUGUUUCCUUGAAAAAUGCCUUUCACAAAUGUAGGUGGAUUGCUCCAUAUAUGCAAGCUCUAUGUGUGUAUAGCCAUGAGCCAUCUAGUGCAAAAUUUGAUAUUAAGGCUGCCAUUUUGUAGAACUGAAAGACAAUUUACUUUU